AUGGCUCCGCAAACGUCCUGGCCCCGGGCCAUCGUGCUCACGCUGUUCGUCGUUUGCUCGCAGCUACCCUCUUGGUGCACCGGGAAGGAUCACAACUAUAUUGUGCACCCAAGUGCCGACCUCGAGUGCUCGGGAAACGUGACACACGAACGGCUCCUGAUCACCGCGUACCGGCCUCAGUACGAGAGCGACCGGAAGCGGGACUAUCUGGACGUGCGACACCAGAAACUGUACACGCUGCAGGAGUACCUAGACGAUCGGGCGCCGUUCGUGACGGUCGGAAUGGAUCCGCAGCUGCGCGUUCCGUACGGCACGGAGGUCUGCGUGCCGGAGUUGAACCGGCACUUCCGGCGACCGGUGCGAUUGCGCGUGUGCGACACGCACGAAGACCUGAGCGGAGGUGGCUACCGGCGGCUGGAGAUCUGCGUGCGCACCCAGGAGGACAGCUACGACGAUGCGGUCAACCUGCUCCAGGCCACGCUCGUAUUUGGAACGCCGAAUAACGCCUGA